UGUACGAAUUUAUUUAACACCCCUUUAUGCCCUAAUACCUUCGACACCCACACAUCGCAUACGCUCUCCAAUUCGAACCUCAGGCCACCAAACUUGAGCGAAUCCCACCUCCGGCGACUCCAGUGAGUUCCUCCGCCAGCGCCGCCUCUCCAACGUCUUCUUUCUUCAGUCGGGUCUAAAAUGGCAGCAACAUCAGCAAGUGCCCUUUCAAUCGGAUCAACAUCUCAUGCCUCCAAAACUACCCAACUUUUACAACCCAAAACAUUUGGUGUCAAUUUCACCUCCCGAAACAAUCUCAAAUCCUCAUCCUUCCUAAACAAGGAAAGCACCGCAGCUCUCCGUUACUCUCUCACCCAAAAACCCCAAAACCACCACCAACCACCACCAUCCGCCCUCAAAAUCCAAGCAUCUUUCAAAGUCGCCAUCCUAGGUGCUGCCGGCGGAAUCGGCCAACCCCUUGCCCUUCUCGUCAAAAUGUCACCGCUAGUCUCCGACCUCCACCUCUACGAUAUCGCAAACGUGAAAGGUGUAGCCGCCGAUCUCAGCCACUGCAACACCCCAUCCCGCGUCCGUGACUUCACCGGAAACACCGAACUCGCCGCCUGUCUAAAAGACGUCGAUGUCGUUGUCAUUCCCGCCGGAGUCCCGAGAAAGCCCGGAAUGACACGCGAUGACCUUUUUAACAUCAACGCCGGAAUCGUGAAAACCUUAAUAGAAUCCGUAGCCGAUAACUGCCCGGACGCGUUCAUCCACAUCAUCAGUAACCCGGUUAACUCAACCGUCCCGAUCGCCGCCGAGGUCUUGAAGCAGAAAGGCAUGUACAAUCCCAAAAAGCUCUUCGGUGUCACCACUCUUGAUGUUGUUCGCGCCAACACUUUUGUUUCUCAAAAGAAAAACCUAAAACUGAUCGAUGUCGAUGUCCCGGUGAUCGGAGGACACGCCGGAAUUACGAUUCUACCCUUGCUUUCGAAGACAAAACCGUCGGUCACGUUUACCGAGCAAGAAGCGGCGGAUUUAACGGUUAGGAUUCAAAACGGCGGGACGGAGGUUGUGGAGGCGAAGGCAGGGGCGGGGUCCGCCACACUGUCGAUGGCGUAUGCCGCCGCGAGGUUCUUGGAAUCGUCACUCCGGGCGCUUGAUGGUGAUUCCGAUGUUUAUGAGUGUGCGUUUGUUGAGUCGGAAUUGACGGAGCUUCCGUUUUUUGCUUCGCGGGUUAAGCUUGGGAAACAGGGAGUUGAGGCGGUGAUUGGGUCGGAUCUUGAAGGGUUGACGGAGUAUGAGGAGAAAGGUUUGGAGGCUUUGAAGGUGGAGCUUAAGGGGAGUAUAGAGAAAGGUGUGGCUUUUGCACAGAAGCAAACAGUUGGUGUUUGAUGUUUUUUACUUUUGAGAAUUGAGAGGAAGGCAAUAAGAUUCGGCAUGUUUUACUUAAAAAAAAAAAAAAAAAAAAACUCCAAUGCUCAGUUUUGUAGGAACUUGAGAACUUGGUUGUUGUAGCAUUUGUUGUUUUCUAUGUGUUUAACUAAUUUCUAUGUUUUACUAUUAUGAUAGUUGAAGUUGAAAUGAGAAUGAGAAUCUAAAAAUUCAAUUUGCAAUUUUUGGAUAACAUUCAUUCAAAGUUCAAACAGCCGUGGUUUGUAGGGGUCUAUCAUUUUGUAACCGAGGACAAAUCACAAUCGGAUGAAUUUGAUUUA